AAUUAAUUAAUUAAUUAAUAUCCUCUUAGCUAAAAGAAGUAAUUUAUACAUGUGGGCAGUAGCAGUUUUUCUUUUAAAUUUGUGUUUAAAUGGACUUUCUAUCGAUCCACUGAUAGGAAUGUCAACGGGGCUCCGUGGGAUCAGGGAGUGCCUCCCCGUUCUCGUCCCCGUCCCCGUGAAUGGCGGGGACGGGAUCCCCGCGGGGAUUUUUGACGGGGAGCAGAUUUUGCACCCCGUCCCCGUUCCCCGCAGGGAUCCCCAUUCCCCACCAAUUAAUAACAAAUGCAACAAGCAGAAAGCAAGUCCGGCGCAGUGCAGCAAGCAGAGAGGGGUCUGGCACAGUGCAGCAAGUAGAGAGCAAGUCCGGCUCAGGCAGCAAGUCCGGCGCAGUGCAGCAAGUCCGGCGCAGUGCAGCAAGUCCGGCGCAGUGCAGCAAGCAGUGAGGGUCCGGCACAAUUCAGCAAGCAGAGAGCAAGUCCGGCUCAGUCAGCAAGUCCGCAAGCAGCAGAGAGCAAGCCCGGCACAGUGCAGCAAGCAACAGAGAGCAAGUGCAGAGACAAAGUUCAGCAGUCAACAGGAUGAACUCCAGCAGAUCUGCAGGCUGCAGCUAACAGCUUUGACAGCAGCUCUAGGAGCAGAUCUCCUCAUCUUGACAACAUCACUUUUGUGUGCUGUAAAUCCAGGCCAGACCAGAUCAGACCAUCUCAGAAUGGAGAACUUGCUGGGUUUGCUGAGAAUUCAUGUCAAGAGAGGGAUUAAUCUUGCUGUCAGAGAUGUCACAAGCAGUGAUCCUUAUGUUGUUAUCAGGAUGGGCAAGCAGAAAUUAAAGACUGGCGUCGUGAAGAAGAACAUUAAUCCAGAGUGGAAUGAAGAUUUAACUCUUUCUAUUUCAGAUCCAAUUCUUCCAGUGAAGCUUGCGGUGUACGACAAAGAUACAUUCAGUCUAGAUGACAAAAUGGGGGAUGCAGAGUUUGAUAUUCGACCAUUUCUUGAAGCUGUGAAGAUGCACUUCGUAGGCGUCCCAAAUGGUACCAUAAUCACAAAAAUACAGCCCAACAGACAAAAUUGUUUGGCUGAAGAGAGCUGCAUUGUGUGGUCUAACGGCAAAGUUGUUCAGGACAUGUUUCUGAGACUGCAAAAUGUGGAGCGUGGUGAAGUUGAGCUCCAAUUAGAAUGGAUAACUGUCCCCGGUUCCAAGGGCCUCUAGAUCAUGCCUGCUUUCAUUCUUAUGGCGCUGCAAAGGGACUUCAUGCUGGAAUUUUUCCAUAUUUGCUGGAGAAUAGUGACACUAAGCUGCGUUAGUCACCUCUCUCCUCGCUAUCUAUCUAUAGGCAUGUCAAGUACUUAACCCAGAAUGUCUUUACUUGGGUUCUCAUUAAACAAGUUUCUAGUUUUGUAUCAGAAAUUUUCCGAUCUCGAACUUAUAUAUGUAAACUGAUUGUGUUCGUGGUUGAUUUGAAUUGUUGUUGCAAAAGAUAUGACUAUUACCCUAACUUAAUU